AUGGGUGGCGAUCCCAUUAGAAUUGAGGAGGCACCGUUUAUGGCGAUUUUUAAGAGGCGAGACCAGGAAUACGGUUGUGGGGGUACCAUAGUCCACAAACGAUCUAAUAUGGUAAUUGUGGUGGGCACAGACAGAGUACAAGGAGGACAGUACUACGACAUUAUGGCAAGCUAUCCCCAUCCAAAAUUUCAGCGAGACUAUGACGUAGUCGUGCUUAAGCUAGCUAAGGACUUGCUGUUCAGCAGCAAGGUACAGCCGAUUCAAAUGGCCGAGCGCGGUAUGGAUAUCAAUGAUGGCGCUGUAUUGAGAGUCAUGGGGUUCGGAAUGACAGAUCCAAAUGACGUAAGGUCAUUUUAA